AUGGAGCUUCAACAUUGGCGGCAUUGGCGGCAUCCGUUGGUCUUCAAUGAAGACGAGAGAAGUGGACGUCUUUGUUGGGGGUGCUUCGAACCAGUAUUUGGGCCUAGCUAUAGUUGUAUAGAAAGCGAUUGCGAUGGUUACUACUAUCAUCAUAAAUCAUGUGCUGAACUACCCAUUGGGCUGCACCAUCCCUCACACCCAAAUCAUCCUCUUAUUCUCUUUGGCAUAAAUACAUAUCGUAAGAACAACAAAGAAGAAUAUGAGAGAUUUAGCAAAUGCGACGUCUGCGGAGAAAAGAGUAAUGAAUACAGUUAUUGUUGUUACCGUUGCAACUUCAUCAUUCACAUCAGAUGUUCUUCUUUAUCACUCACCAUCCAAACUGAAGUCCAUGACCACCAAUUGACCCGCAUUUGGAAGCUAAUGAAGUUCACUUGCGACUUCUGUGGCAAAGAAGGCAAUCAGCCCUACCUCUGUGUCCCAUGCGAUUUCGGUAUACAUUCACGUUGUGCUGCUUGCCCACGCAGACUGAAAGUUUAUCGUCACGACCACCCUCUCCACCUCACCCCUUCUCUUGAAGUCCAUCAAUCCGACUCUCCAAUUUGCCUACUCUGUGUUCGAAAAGUGGAUACACUCUGCCUUUACUAUUGCUCAAUAUGCGAUUUUGCUGCCCACCUCUAUUGUGCUAUGCUCCACUGGAACCGGGAGUACAUAAAUUUGCAGGAACUUAAAGAGGAGCAGUCCACCGAGUCAAAAUCUGAAGAUCCAGAGCUCCAUCAAUCCUUUGACUCAAAAAUUUGCAAAGUCAUAAAAACCACUAUGGGGGAGGAUGGAACUGAAAUAGCCACAGAAAUCAAACACUUUCAGUCACGGGCACGAUUUGAAGCUUACUGA